AUGCCGCUGGCUUUUCUUACGCUCAUGGCUUCUUUGCUGCUCUGUGCAGUUUCAAGUCACUUGGAUUCCAAUGAAAACAAUGUCAAUUUUCCUUUAUGGAGUAGCUCUCGUGUUCUUCAUAAUGUAAACUCUACUAUCUCUUUUGAAGUUCUCCAGUACAAUGUGUUUAACCGCCCAGCUGAAGUUUCUAAAGAUGGACAGAGGGAACGACUGGAGCGAAUUCCCGAGUCUCUUGGUCGGAUUUCGAACACCAUCGAUGUUGUGACUUUCGCAGAAGCUGAUAUCCGAACAGAACGUAACGAAAUGCUGGCUCAAUUUAAAAAACUUGGCUUUGCCUAUUCCACAACAAUCCUACACGACCCCGAUCCGUUCACCAGUUUAUUGAACGGAGGAGUGGUGAUUGUAUCUAAAUGGCCAAUCAUCCGAGAGGCACAACAUGUGUAUCGAAAUGCUUGUCACUACUCGGACUGUUUGGCAGCUAAGGGUGUCAAAUAUGCCCGGCUGCUAAAAACAGUCAAUGGCUCGCACAAGAUUUUUAACGUGUUUGCUACACACAUGCAGGCUUGGUCUACGCCAGAAGGACGAGCAGAUCGAAUCCAGCAAGCUAAACAGAUGCGGCAGUUUAUCGAUGCUAUUGGCAUUCCUUAUCACGAGCCAUUGAUCUUUGCGGGGGACUUUAAUGUGGACAAUCACACUUUUGGAGGUGAAGUGGCCUAUUUGAUGAAGCUGCUUCAAGCGCACGAGCCUCGUCAGAUCGGCAAGCAGAUUUUCACAAGCGACCCGCAUACGAACGUACUGGUUGGACGAGACGGAGCUGCCAUCAGCAACAAAUGCUUCGCACAAUACGUCCAAAGUUGGGGGCAACCAAAGAAUAGUGUUUUCUACCCGUCGUUGCUCUCCCGAACGACUUGCGGGGUUCAUAAUGAGAUUCACAGGGAUGACAGACUAGAAUUCGUUCAACUGGACAGCAUGUGCUAUUGCCCGUGCUGCCCACUGGAGUGGCUAGACUACGUUCUGUAUGGCAAAGCGCCAUACCAGCAGCCCAGUACCGUGCCAACGCUCAAAGCUCAUGUGAACCAAGUUCCUUCUUUCACGAUUGAUUGGACCGCGCCGAAAAAGAACAUGAGAAUGGCACUGAUCGACCUUUCUGAUCAUUACCCGGUACUUGGAAAGUUCGAGUUUCCAGUGACCCGCGGUAAAGGGAAGGACGACGAUCCUUUGACCUAUCAUUUGGACGGCUGCUCAACCGAUGAUGAUUGCCACUUUCACAGCUUUCGCUGCUAUUGCAAUGGCUCAAACUGUUACUACAAGGGGAGAUACACCAAUGGAUGGAAUCUCAACUCGGAUCACCCAGUGAAUCGCAACUGCUUAUACCAGAAGACCUCAUUUCGCUGUUUAUGUGGACCGACGUGA